GCGACCGAUGACAGGACGCACGCGCAUCUCUCCCCUUUGUUGUGAUAAAAGACGACAUGAACCGUCGGGAGGAAUAGUGUACCCAAGUACGGAGUUGUGCAAACAUUUCACGAUGAUUUUAAAAGGGCGCGGUAUUGAGGUGAAACGGAAGAGCCGUCGCACAUUCAAAAUGGAUGCAGUUCCUGAGAAGGGAGACGUGGUGACCAGCUUCGUUGGAGACAGCAACGACCAUGGUGAUAUUAUGUCUGCAGGGGUUCAUGGAGUUUUCAGGCAGAAGUCUUUUGGUGCAUGCGAUCGACAAUUGACAACAUUAACAUCAUACGCAAAGGCCGCCCGUUUGUCCAUCGGAAGUGCUGCUGUAGGAAUCGGGAAUUUAUUCACUCGCAAAAUGGCGGCCAGUGCAAAUUCAUCUAGUCCGUGGCCGAGUAGUCAAGAUGAUUACGAAUUGCGGGACGUUAUUGGAGUCGGUGCAACUGCAGUGGUAUAUGGAGCAUAUUGCAAGCCUCGUGCAGAAAAGUGUGCUAUCAAACAGAUAAAUUUAGAAAAAUGGAAUACCUCCAUGGAUGAACUUCUUAAAGAAAUACAGGCUAUGUCAAGCUGUAAUCAUGAGAAUGUAGUUACAUACUAUACAAGUUUUGUGGUGAAUGAUGAACUCUGGCUUGUAUUGAGACUCCUUGAAGGUGGGAGCCUCCUGGAUGUUAUCAAACACAAGAUGAAAGUGACUAAUUGUAAGCAUGGGGUAUUUGAUGAAGCGACUAUUGCAACUGUCCUUAAGGAAGUUUUGAAAGGUUUAGAAUAUUUUCAUAGUAAUGGACAAAUACAUAGAGACAUAAAAGCUGGGAAUAUUUUGUUAGGCGAAGACGGGACUGUUCAAAUUGCGGAUUUUGGAGUUUCUGCAUGGCUGGCAACAGGCAGAGAUUUGUCCAGACAAAAAGUUAGGCAUACCUUCGUGGGUACACCUUGUUGGAUGGCCCCGGAAGUAAUGGAGCAAGAUCACGGUUAUGAUUUUAAAGCUGAUAUAUGGUCUUUUGGCAUAACAGCAAUUGAAAUGGCAACAGGCACCGCUCCAUAUCAUAAAUACCCACCAAUGAAAGUGCUUAUGUUAACAUUGCAGAAUGAUCCUCCAAAUAUAGAUACUGGUGCUGAUGAAAAGGAACAAUAUAAAGCUUAUGGUAAAACAUUUAGAAAAAUGAUUGUGGAUUGCUUACAAAAAGAUCCAGCGAAAAGGCCAACUGCUACAGAUCUUCUAAAGCAUCCUUUUUUCAAAAAAGCCAAGGAUAGAAAAUAUUUGACGCAAACUUUAGUUGCUAUAGGACCUAGUAUGGAAACCAGGGUAAACAAGGCCAGUAAAAGGCAACAGGGUACAUCAGGGCGACUUCACAGGAGCGUGACCGGGCAAUGGGUCUGGAGCGAGGAGGAGGAGGAGGCCCACGCGGAGUCCGACGAGGCACCCUCCCCGACCGAGGACCGAAGGCCUAUGAAUCAGCUCCAGAAGGCCGACUCCAGCGGAAGUGAUGAGGAGGAAAAUACGGAGUCUCAAGUUAAAACAGCUGACGUGAAAGUUACGGACAAAAAUGAAUCACCUAUUAUCAAUUUGGUUUUAAGACUAAGAAAUUCGCGUCGCGAAUUGAACGACAUUCGCUUCGAAUUCAUAAUGGGGAAGGACUCUGCUGAAGGCAUCGCAAUGGAGCUGGUGGGCGCUGGUCUAGUGAACCCACACGACUCUGUGCCCAUUUCCACGAAUCUCAACAAGUUGCUCGAAGCGCAGAUGACCACGCCGUCAGCGCCUAAAGCCGUCACAUUCCAUUUGAAUUCUACCGGGCCUAACGAACAUUUUGACGACAAAACUCUCGUAGGCUUCGCGCAAAUAUCUAUUAUAGAGUAAAUGUCAUCAGGGUGGCUUGUGAUCUAGUAAAAAUGUAAAGUUUAGUAAUUAGCAGUGUUUGGUUACACUAUAUAUUUACUUGUAUUUAUUUAUGGUGCUAGCAGGCGGAAUACGCGAAGCCUUGCUGUCUACGUAUUGAAUACGUAGGCAUAGCAUAAGCAUUUUUGGAUUUGUCAUUGAAAUUAAUAUUACAACAUUGGCCAUUAAUUUUGUCCAGCCAAAGAUCUGUAGGUAGUUUUUUUAAUAUGUUGUAAGUGGUACCAUAAUUUUAUUUAUGAUGUGUAGAUUUGCAAAGCGAAAUCAUAAACGUGUCAGUAAAUGGCAAUAAUUAAUAUUUUUAAAGCCUUAGGUUAUAUUUAAAUAAUAACAAGUCAAACAAAAAAGUACUGUUUAUUAAUCUGAGCACGUGUGAUUUACCAUAAGGCUAGCCUGCAUAUCUCACAAAGCGCUCAUUUUAGAUCUUGAUGCUUUUAAAAAACGCGUGAUACUGCCUUAUACCAACUCGUGCGACGGGUCUAUUUGUCUUCAACUUAUAUAUUUAUAUAAACGCAAUUACUUAUUUUUCACAAUUGCGAAAACUACUGUCACCAUAAAGUAAAGCCAGAGUCUAAAGACUAUGUAGUUUAUACAAGAUAUCUCUACAAACAUAUUCCGUUGAAGUAAUUACAUUAUUACAUUUAUAUAUUAAUAAAUAUAAUCACUUAAAUAUAUUUCAUGAUAUAAUUAUACUAUAACAAUAAUCAGCUUAGGAUAUAUAUACAUAUAUAUAUAUAUCUUAUUAGUUUUCUUUUUCUAGGGCAUAUGUUCCACGAAAACAUUAAUUUAUAGAAUAGGAAUUCGUACUUAUGAGGUUAAUUAACUUGUUAUGGUAUGAAAGUCCAGGUUAGUGAAUUUAUUGAUAGAAUGACUAAUGUGACUCAAAUAUUUCAAUUCUUAAAUAUCUAUUUAUUUUAUUUUAAUUAAUAGGUAAUACAUAAAUUUCGUCGUAUCUACUAAUUAGGUACACAUAAUAAAAUUAAGACACAUUUUAAAUUGUUGGUAGUAAAUUAAACUACAUGCUGUUUUAAAUAUUGUCCGUCUUGUUUGUUCUUCUUGAACAGAAAAAGUUUGGGUUUAAUUAUAAUUUGGGUUUUCUUUAUUGACUAAUAAUAUACGUCAAUAGACACGCUAGCUUAAUGACUUUUAAUUCUUAUUGUAGUUUUCGUUGUAAAUCUCCAAAACAGGAACAAAUGUAGAUAAAUAAAUUAUCUUAUCAAUUUUAUGACUAUAAUUAUUUGAGUAAUUAAUCUUUCGUGACGUGAUUUUACUAAUUCAAUGCCUAUUAUAGCGAUCCUAAUAUAUCAAUUAGUGUAAUUAGAAAGAUUUAU